AUGGCUGUUUCCAGUGGCAAGGGGCUGGCAGGGAACCCCCUCCUGCCUGCCAGUGCUGCCCUGGCCCUGCUCGGUGGCCUGGUCUAUCUGGGUGCCCUGUGUGCUGCCUGCAGACGGUACGGCAGGAAGAAGGUUGCUCCGGAUGGGGUGAAGCUGGUGGAUGAGUCCCUGCUCCGACAGACACAGCUGAGGUCACUCAGCAAAUCGGACACGAAGCUGCACGAGCUGUACCGGGUGAAGGCCAGAGAUGAUGCCCAGCGCCCAGUCAGCCUGGAUCUCCCCUGCCCUGCAGCCCCUGGAGCAGAGUCUCUGCAGAGCUCUGGCAUCAGUGUCCUCCUGCACCGUGAGCUCCCCCAGAUCCCCAUCCCCGAGCCCCCAGCUGCCUCCUCGGCCCCUGACCAGACCUACUCCAACCUGCUCUUCAACCCACUGCCGAAACCAGCGCAAGACACUGUCUAUGAGUGCCUGGCAGCAGGAGGGGAGGACACCUUCGUGCCCCCCAUGCCUGCUGGCACACAGCUCUCCUCUCCACGGGCUGGGCUCGGGGCAGCUGAUUACGCCUCUGUGCGUAAGGUGAAGAAGACAGUGCCCACGGAGGUGCAGGAUGGGCCUACAGUGGGACAGCCUGGAGGACAGCAGUGCUGGGAUGGCACAGGCAAUGCCUCCCGGGCCAAGCUGGAAGAGAUGUACUCGACAGUGUGCAAAGCCACCAAGAAGAAACCCCAGGUCCCUGCAUCGACCCCACAGGCUGCAAGGGAGGCAGGUUCAGGGUGUCUGCCCACCUGCCAGCAGGAGGGUGCCCAGGCCAGGUGCUGGUCCCCAGCAGCCCAAGCCCCUCCUGAUCCCUGUUACGAGUCCAUCAACGACAGAGCCUGGACUGCUCAGGGCCAUGGCCCUGACCCUGACUACGAGGCUGUGGACAUUAACUGGAAGAAGGCAGGGAAACGGGACAAGCAGGGGAAGCCCAGUGUCCCUGAGAACCUGUAUGAGAGCGUUGGGGACAUUUGGGCUGGGGAGCCCCGGAAAGCCUCGACCCGGACGGCAGCCAAUGGGCUGGAGGUGUACAUCACCAACCUAUAG